AUGAAUAUAGAUCAAGAUGGUAUUAAGAUUGAAAGAGCCAUCGAAAAAAUUAAAGAUAAAACAGCUGUUAGAGAAGAUUUAGAAAAAGAGUUAUACGAUGUUCGUGAUUAUUUAAAAUUAUUAAAAAUAAUAGAUUCAAAAGGAUGGUCUUUAUAUGCUACCAAAGGAAGUGCUGCUUUUGAUUUACGUAGUAGUGAACAAAAAAUAGUUUUACCGUUUCAACGCAUGUUAUUUUCUACUGGUGUUUUUAUAUCAAAAAUGGAACAUGAUCUUCAAGGUUGGAUUACAUCCAAGUCAGGUUUAGCUUUAAAUCAUGGUGUUACAGUAAUGAAUUCGCCUGGAAUUAUCGAUUCUGAUUAUAGAGACGAAAUUUGUGUUAUACUUUAUAAUUCUUCUAUUGAAGCAUUUACUAUUACUGUAGGACAAUCUAUUGCACAAAUGACUUUUGUACCUGUUUUUUUUGCAGAAAGAAUUUCAUGGACUGUAGAUAAAAAUAAAAAUAGUCAAAUGGAAAUAGAAUCCAUGUUGUCUGAUAAUGAAAGAAAGGGAGGUUUUGGUUCGACAGGACUUUAA